AUGCCUGAAACAACUCAAGUCAAGUCAGGAAGUGGUGAGAAAGGAACCACAUAUGAAAGCAGCCAUCCAUAUUACUUAAACAACUCAGACUCACCUGGUAUGAUUCUGGUCAAUAAUAUUUUUGAUGGAAGAGGAUAUCCAGGUUGGAAGAGAUCCAUCCUUUUAUCUCUAUCAGCCAAAAGGAAACUUGGCUUUAUCAAUGGAACCUACAAGGCUCCAGAACUGGAAUCUGCAGAUUUUGAACAAUGGAAUUGUGUCAAUGAUAUGAUCAUAUGUUGGAUAUCAAAUGCUCUAUCUAAGGAUAUUGCAGAUAGUGUAAUGAAUUCCAAGACUGCAAAAGAACUUUGGAACAGCCUGGAACAGAGAUUUGGCAAAUCAAAUGGUGCCAAACUCUACCACCUACAAAAGGAAUUAACAGGUAUGAUACAAGGGAAUAGUGACAUUGCAGCUUACUUCACCAAGCUUAAGAGAUUAUGGGAUGAGUUAGAUGGGAUAAAUGUGAUUGUGUGUUGCUCAUGUGAAUGCAUUUGUAAUGGGAAAGCAAGAUUAACAAAAUCACUAGAAGAUCAAAGGUUGAUUCAAUUCCUAAUGGGAUUAAAUGAUGAUGAAAAUCAAAGGGAAGUGUAUGCAAACACAAAUUGUAUCUCUGAUUCUGGAUCAUUUAUGGUAGUAGGUCAAGCAAAACAACAAAAUAACAAACUAAUUGCUGAGUUUGCAGCAUUCAUGGCUAGUGGACAGGGAAGAAAUGCACAGAGAUUCAAACAUCAAGCAGUAAGGGGAACAAACACAUAUCAGAAACAUACAAAUUCAAGCCAGAAUCAGAGAUAUGACAAGCCACAGAACAAGUUUAAGGGUAAGAAAAGAUAUGAUCCAAAUCUAUCAUGCACUUAUUAUGGGAAAACAGGGCAUGUGCAAGAUGAUUGCUACAGACUGCAUGGAUUCCCUGCAGAUUUUAAGUUCACCAACUCCAGGAACUAUCAACCCCAGAUCAAGGCAAACACAAGUUUGACUCAACAAGCAGAUGAAGACAUUGGGAAGACAGAUUUUGGAAUCAAUGAUGGAAAUUUUGAGGAACAAUUCAGCAAGCAACACGUUGCAGAAAUGAUGCAAAUGCAGUGGCUGAUACCAUUCUUAAAUACUCAAACUCUGUACCCACUAAUCUUAAACAAGAUACUUGGAUAA